AUGUCCGAGGAGAAGCCCAAGGAGGGCGUGAAGACAGAGAACGACCACAUCAACCUGAAGGUGGCCGGGCAGGACGGUUCCGUGGUCCACUUCAAAAUCAAGGGACACACCCCGCUGAGCAAGCUGAUGAAGGCUUACUGCGAGAGGCAGGGCUUAUCAAUGAGACAGAUUAGAUUCAGGUUUGAUGGGCAGCCAGUUAACGAAACAGACACCGCCGCACAGCUGGAGAUGGAGGACGAAGACACCAUCGACGUGUUCCAGCAGCAGACGGGGGGCUCCUGGCAGAGCGGCUGUCUCUGUCCCCUCCGUGUCGUCCCUGCAUCUGCUGAAGAGUGAACAAGUGACCAUACCCAUCACAACGGAGUCUGCGGAAACCUGG